AUGUCUCGACCAACUCUACGAACUCCAAUAUGCGAAGUGCUGGGCAUCGAGUACCCCAUCAUGCUCGCCGGCAUGGCACGCACAUCCUCCGGACCACUGGCAGCCGCUGUAAGCAACGCCGGUGGUCUGGGAGUGAUCGGUGGCUUGGGCUACACACCCGACCAAAUGAGGACGAUCAUUCACGAGAUCAAGUCCAACCUCUCAGACAAGAACCUUCCAUUCGGCGUUGAUCUGGCUCUCCCACAAGUCGGAGGCAGUGCGAGGAAGACAAACCAUGACUACACCCAUGGCCAGCUGGACGACCUCAUCACUGUUGUCAUCGAAGAGAAGGCCAGGCUGUUCGUCAGUGCUGUUGGCGUGCCCCCGGCGCAUGUGAUUAAGAGACUGCACGAGGCAGGCAUCUUCGUCAUGAACAUGGUCGGCCACCCGAAGCACGCACACAAGGCUCUCAAAGCUGGCGUCGAUAUCGUGUGUGCUCAAGGUGGAGAAGGUGGAGGACAUACUGGCGAUAUCGCGACCAGUAUUCUGAUCCCCUCGGUCGUGGACGUUGCGAGGCAGUAUAAGAGCCCGAUGACUGGGAAGCCGGCCAUGGUCAUCGCUGCUGGUGGUAUCUACAAUGGUCGGUCACUUGCUGCUAUGCUGUCGUUUGGUGCCGUAGGUGCCUGGGUGGGAACCCGUUUCGUCGCGUCGAAGGAGGCGGGCUGCAGCGAGCUGCACAAGGAAGCUGUAGUCUCGGCAUCAUUCGAAGACACUAUGCGCACACUCGUAGUAUCAGGGCGACCAUUGCGAGUCAGGAUCAACGAUUACAUUCGCUCCUGGGAGUUCGACCGACCAGAAGAGGUCAAACGAUUGACGGAGAGCGGUGUUGUACCACUGCAGAAGGAUAUGGAUGACGACAAAGACGUCGAUAUCCCUUUCCUCAUGGGCCAAGUCGCUGGUGAGAUCAAGGAGAUUAAGCCUGCUAAGGAGAUCAUGCAGGACAUGGACCAGCAGAGUUAUAUAAGUGCAGGUAGAUCUAGCAAGCUGUGA